UACAAGUACACAUAUUUUUUCUAGAUUAACUACUAGGAAAAUGUGAUUACUGUUAUUAACGUGUUAUUCAUCAGUUUAGAACUGUUAAGUGUACCUCUAGUGACAAUCAGUAUCGAAAUGAGCACGAAAUCAAGUGGAUUCGGGGCGAGACGACAGUUGAGUUUUGCGGAGUUGCCGUUUUCAGGGAGAACAUUUUACAUAGACGUAAAAUCCAAUGCACAAAGAACGAAAAUUAUUCAAAGAAUACAGGCAUUAGGUGGUAUUAUCGAAAGUUUCCUGUCAAAAGAUAUCAGUCUUUUAAUCACAGAUUGCCAUGACAAUGAAAAGAAAUUCAAAGAUAAGAAUGCAGGCUUUGCAGCGAAAGGAAAAAGUGUACCUCUUAGUCGAGGUCAAGCUUUGCUGCAGAAAGCUAACCACGCCCAAGAAAGUUCACCAUUAUCCAAUAGCCAACGCCUGGUUCAAAAUGCUGUCAGUCUCGGAAUAAAAACACAGACUGUUGCCAAGUUCUUCAACUUGAGUUUAAAACAUUUGGCAAAGGUAAAGGCUGACAAUAAAUGUCAUGAUGAUAAUGAUCCAACUGCUGGAAUAUCAUACAUAAAAUGGGACAAUGAGAAAGAAAACUUGCCUGCAUUUUACAUAAAGAUUGAAGAUAAUGAAUCUCAUUACAAACCAAUAUUCAAAGAGUUUGAGAAUUUCCCUAAAUUGUCUUAUAGUGGUACCGACUCUCCAUUUGAAACUGGUGUAACACUGACGAAGAAAAAUGACAACCAGCAGGCCAAGAAGAAAACCACAGGUGCUGGUGUGUUAAGGGGUGGUUACUGUGAAUCAUGUGACCACUGGUACAAGUGUUCACUUCGUGACCAUAUCAACAGUGAGAAACACAAAGAAUUUGUCGAAGCAGCAGAAAACUUUAGAUCAUUAAAUGAUCUCACAAAGAGUCUUCCUAACAUAACAAAAUUUGUUAACACUCUUAAUCUAAAAGGUCAGUCAAAUGAACUUAAGAAUACUGUUGCAAUUACUACCAUUGAACAUGAGAGUGUUACUUGUGUACAUGAAGAGGUGACAUGCAUUCAAAACACAAUGCUAGAUAUUGUGCAGCCUUUUAAAGUUAAAGAUUAUUCAAAGACACAGUUUGGUGCAAUUCAGGCAAUAGAUACUGAUGAUAAUCAAGGCUGUGUAGAAAGUGAUCAAGUUAUUAUACCUUCAUUUGAUAUACUGAAAGAGAAAUCAGACAGAGUUCUUAAAUUUGAAGAGGAUUUUAAGAAGAAAAACAGUUGCAGCAGUACUGAGAUUUCUUUUCGGAAGGAAAUGUCUUUAGAUGAGGUUCUUUACAGUGUGAUUGAAGACAUUGAUGAUUGCAACAGAGAUAAACAUUUAAAAACUGCUGACGAAGUUGAAAUGAUAAAUACUACAAAACUUACAUGUAGUAAGGGAACAUCUCAGAAUGUACAGCGUUAUGAUAGUUCGGAAAAGGUUGGACUAGUAUAUGAUAUGAACAGUUUGCAGUCUGUUGCACCUACAUCAGUCUAUGCCAGUCAAACAUCAUACUCGUUGGCAACAGUGCCGUUCUGGUUGAACUCGCAGGAAGCAAGUGCUAGUCAAGUGAAGCCCGCCAACUCAGAUAGGAACUUUUGCAAUUUCUCAUCCUCAACUUCAUUUGGUGAUGUUGGGGUCAGGAACAUAGUGUGUUUAUUAAAUAGUCCUAAUUCUAGGACGGAUGGAAGAGACAGUGGUAGAACAUCAGUUAUCUCGGGGACAAACUCUGAAUGUAAUUUCAGAAACGUUGAUGUAAACGUUGGAACAGCAUCCUGUUUUUCAGAUGCUGGGAGAGUGCCUUCUAGCAACGGUUCUUCAAGGUCAUUGUUGAACACAGGUCAUGAGGUGAACAGAGGUUCAUUGCAAUAUUCAGAAAAUGCACAAUUGCACAUCAACAGGAGUGCUAGUCCUUUAGGGUGUUGUGAAGAUAUUGAUUUGAAACAAACGCAAUAUUCCAUGGGUCAACAGGAAACAAACACUGAUUUAGAUUGUAGAACAGUUCAAUGCUCUGAAAAUAAUGUUUUUAAAGAUGCAGCAACAUCUGCAAGCGACAUGCACAUGUCUUCCUGCCAUAGUAUUUCUUUGAACUCAACUCAUACAAAUAUUUCCUUGAAAGCUAAAGAUAAAGUUCCAUAUUUUUGCCAGCUUAAUGAGAUGAAAGCAAACAAUCAAAAUCCAUGUGAACAUUCUUCAAAGCAUGUACAAUUAGCAGACAUGACACCAGAUAUAAAUGGUGUGCCAAGUGAAUCUUUGAAGGGGUUGAGUGAGACAACUCAAGAAAUGGUUAAGUGUUAUGGCAAUGAAAACAUUGACAAACGAAAAAUGUUCUCUGUAUCAAAUCCUGAUUACAGCAACAUUACAGAAGAAUCAAAUCAGGGCCAGACUAACGAUGUUACUAAUACAUGUAUAUCAAACAGAAACAUUUUCAGUGAGUUUAAAAUAUUUGGAAAAUAUGAAGAUACUGAUAAUGUUGACAAUGUGAGUUUGAAUACACCUGAUAAAGACAGUAUGGGUCAUCUAAAAGCCAGAAUUACGGAACAUGCAACAAAUUCAGGGUCUACCAUCAGAAACUGGCUGGUUCCAGAUGAUGAUGACUUUUCACUCAUAUCACUUAAUAACACACCAGUGAAUAAACCUCCUACUGAGCAAAAUAAAGAAUAUGAAGAUAAUACUCAACAAAUGGAAGACAAUUCGAAAGUUGCAAAAUGGAUACAACAGCAAACAUUUGAGCCAUCACUGAACUCAGAACUGGCAUUGCAUGGAUUCGAAGAUGCUACAAGAGCUUCAGAGACAUGCACUGUAGCCUUAAGUCAGAAAAGUGGAGCCAGUCAAGGGCUGAAACAUGAAGACAUUGUAGAGGAAGACAAAGAUAGUGUCCUCCAUAAGUGGUGCAGUGAGAGGUAUGAUGAAGGAAGCUGGUUGGACAGUAGUACAGCUGACAGUAGAACAAGCAUAUCAGACUGCAUUAUAGAAAAUGUCAGAUUUAAAUACAGGGAAGAGAGCUAUCCAGAUGAUGUUAAAGUUCGAGGUAUCAACGCAAGUAAAAACUGUGAUUCAUAUCAAAAUUCUGACAAUGUAAGCGAGAAGAGUGGCCUUAGCUCAAGUGUUACCGAAAAGGGGAUAAAAAUAAGUGGACUUUCAAGUCUGAAAAUGUCAAGACCGAAAAGUCGAGCUGGUAGUGUUACACACUGUACAUAUUUGGACCUUUUGGAACAUUCAGAUUCCCAUAAUGGUGAAAAACACAAACUUAUGACCAAAAAAGAUGCCGGCAGCAGUGAACACCCUCAUGAUGUCAAGCCUUUAAAUGUGAAUUUUUCACCACAAAAUACUUCGGCAGUGUGUUACAAUAAUUUUAUGUGUACACCUCAAGAGAAUACAACCAAGACGGGACAACAUUUGGCAGAAAAGCAAAUGUUUAGGGACAGAAGCAAUCCUGAUGUUGCUGUAAAAGUAGGAUCAUUCAGUACCAGUCAGCAAACAACUGUACUAGAAACACCACAAGAUUCAUAUAAAGAAAAAGAAACAGGUUUUGUUUCUUCAAAAACUGUCAAUAUCCAAAACACAAUGAGCAUGCAGCGACCACCGGCUGUACACAAUCACUUACUCCAUGCAGGACCACUCCAGACUGUUGACUUUCUCUCCUCUCCCACCAAGCAGCCACAUCAUCCUACUAGAAGCUUAGCUUGUAUGGCAAAUGACCGCAGUUACCAACCAAUUUCUGCAAGUAACUCUACCUAUCAAAGUAACAAAGAUAGUUCCAAUGUUCCACAGAUGACAACUUGUGUCUCAAUCAAUCAGAACCUUCUCAACAGUACUGGUGUUCCUAAGGUAACAGCAGCUUUCUCCACCAGUCAAAACUACCACCUUAAUCUAGGUUGGCCACAAAUUUCCACUGGUGUCUUCACUAAUCAGAGCAACAAUGACAGUAGACUCAAUACUGAUGUCUUCAGCUUGCAGAGUAACCAGCCUGUUUCAAGUACCAACCAAGGUGGAGAUGGUGUGAAUAUUCAACCUCAAACAUUCUCCACCAUCUGCCUCAAUGAUAUUGCAGAGAGCAGCCAGGCUGUAGAUAAUAUGUCUUUAAAGCAAGCUAAACCCGUUAAUGUAAAGGCCAAUGCAAAAAUGGAAACCAACAAGAAUACACGGAAAAGGUCAAUUUCAAGAUCUUCCAAAAAUACCAAACAGAAAGGUAUGGCGACUCCAAAUUUAUUAGAGGGGAACUCUUCUUCAAAUAGAGGGGCUGGCAAGUGGUCAAAUGAACAACUUGGACAAACUAAUAUGAAUACAAACUCCAAUGGUAACCAGCCAAGAUCAUUACCCCAAUUACACCCUGUACAAGCAAAUCAACCAUGGGUGGGACCUGGAGUGUGUGUUCAAACUAACAAUCCACUUCAAGGGAAUAUAAUAAAUCAUAGCAUGUCUCACCAACAACGUAUUCAUGUGCAAAAUACACAACAGUCUUUAACUGUUGGUGAAAAUGUUUAUUCACAUGCACAGAUUUCCCCCAUGACACCGACCAUGCACUAUGGACACCCUGGCCUGGCAAUGACUGUGGGUGGAGCAGGACUCCAUCCUUAUGUGCAUGGACAAUUCACAGCAGCCCAGAUUGGCUUCCAACCACAGUUGUACACCCAGUAUAUGCCCAACAACUUCAACCAGAACUACGGUUACCAAGGUCAUGCUGGUUUUCCAAAUGUACAAUCUUCACAUUCCCCAUACUCGCCCCUCCAAAUGCAAACCUUUCCACCCCAUUCGCUGGGGUCCCAUGUUGCUUACAAUGCUGUCCAGACUGGAAAAACUAAGAUAACUCUUCGUAAAAUGCCCACCCAGAAGUCGGCAACUAAUGAGAGGUCAGACCUAUCCCACUACUGGAAUGUGAAGAAGACAGGCGACUGUAAACUCGUGUUCUGUGCAAAUGCUAAGCGGAAAGCUGAGGAGGAAACUCCCUCCAAAAACACUAACGUCCAAGACACAGGCUACAAAAGGGAGGACAAACCUCAGGCAAAACGACAAAAGUGUCUUGUGUAUUGAUUUGUUGUAAUUUUAAAACAAGUCAUUUCAUGAGUUAACUUCAAAUUAAUUCAUUAAUAAUUAUUUUCCUCCUACUCUUGUGAUAUUUUUUUUUCAUUUACCGGUAUAUGCUCAAAUCUGUAAUGUAUCAUUUUUGUUUGUGACGUUCUGCUGUUGAGAUAUAUUUAUGCUGGUCAUUGCAUGUAUUAUAAAAUUGUAAACAGCGUUGUUACAUAGGUGUCAUGGGUUGAUAUUUACAUCAUGUGUAGUAUUUUGUGUGGAAGAUUUACAUUGUUUUGCAUUAAUCUUGAAGGUCAAUUUUCUUAUGAAGUUGAUAAUACUCAAAUAUUUAUUUCAUACAAUAUUAUGCGAAUAUGUUUAUUAGUUGAACUUUUUGUUUUGCUAAAUUUGUAAUAACAUUUUGUAAAACAGUGGUGUAAUUAAUUAUUUUGUAGUGAUUUGUACAUAUUUAGAAUUUUGGUUUUUAUUUGUAAAUGUUCAAUCAGGCAUUAGCCAUUAUUCAUAAUGGUUGUAGAAUUUAUAAUGGUG